AUGCACAAGUCCUAUCUUUUGGCGCUGGUUUCGCUGCUGGCGAGCUCGCUCGUCGGCGCUAGGUCAGUGGAUGGUCAAAUCCGUCUCAGCGAUGGCAGCAGCGACGUCAUUGACAGUGUGGACAGCAUUGACAGCGUCGGUACUGGUAGCGAUGCUAUUCAGAUCCAGAAGUCAGAGAUGGAUAAAGUAAUUGCUAGCUCUGAGCUGCUUUCCCUGCACCGCUCCCUCGUUGAGAUCAAAUCCAUCUCCGAUAACGAACAAGCCGUGGGAGAAUUCCUGCUGGACUAUCUACACUCCAAGAACUUCACUGUCGAGAAACAGUACGUCGCCUUCGACGAUGACACCGGCAAGACCAUACGUUCUCCUCGCCGCUUCAAUAUCUACGCCUAUCGUAAUAGUGCUUCCCCAAGCAUCAUCCUAACGAGUCACAUUGACACUGUCCCGCCGUUCAUCCCAUACUCCCUGAGCCAUCCGUCAUCCACUCCCUUCAAGCGCGAUGACAUUCUCAUCUCUGGUCGUGGGACCGUCGACGAUAAGGCGUCUUUGGCCUGCCAAACUAUCGCCGCCAUGGACCACUUGGACGAACACCCAGACACCGAAAUUGGCCUUUUGUUCGUUGUUAGUGAGGAAACCGGCGGUCGGGGCAUGUCCAGAUUCUCGGAGUCCCGCCUCAACUCUGGGACCUACCACACUAUCAUCUUUGGUGAGCCCACCGAACGUGCUCUCGUGGCAGGCCACAAAGGCAUGAUCGGAUUCAGUGUCCGUGUGCGAGGCAAGCCAGCUCAUUCUGGAUACCCUUGGCUAGGCCGCAGCGCAGUGUCUGAGAUCUUGCCUAUUCUGAUGAAGAUCGACCAGCUGGGUGACAUCCCCGUAUCAAAGGGCGGGCUGCCUUCCAGCAAAAAAUAUGGCCGUACGACGUUGAAUAUUGGGUUCAUGGCUGGCGGUCUUGCGUCAAACGUUGUCGCAGAGGAGGCUACUGCUAAGGUUUCUGUACGUCUUGCAGCUGGCGAUCCAAUGGAAGCACAGGAUAUAAUUGUCCGUGCCAUUCGUGAUACGGCUAGACAGAACAGGAACGAUACUACCGUCGUGGUUACAAGUGGUCGCGAUGGUAAGAAGGGAGACGUCGAAAUUACUUUCGGUGCGGAGUCAUACAGCCCCGUCGACCUGGACUUUGACGUAGAUGGAUUCAAUAUCACUACUGUCAACUACGGAACGGACGUGCCGCACUGGAAGAUCUACGGCGACAACGUGAAGAGAUAUCUAUAUGGCCCUGGAACUAUAUUUGUUGCUCAUGGCAAGGAUGAGGCAUUGACUGUCGGGGAGAUGGAGGCUGGGUUGGAGGGUUAUAAGAAACUGAUUGCGGCGGCCGUUGAGAGAGAGCGCUCAUAA